CAUAGGUAGGCGGGGCUUCUUGAAAACAACAACAACAGAGACAGAAACUCGAUAUAUUUGCACGAUAUUCAGAAUUGUUAACAUCUGACAACACACAAUGAGUGGGAGCCCCGCCCCCCUGGACUUGGGGCGGCUGGAAAUAGAUGCCAAGGCGUCAGCUGCCAAACUUGUGGCCAACCUGCUUCAGCGUCCUGACCAGUUGGAAAAAGUGGAUCACAUACGCCGACGAAUGGUCAGGAAAAAGGCCUCAGUGGAAGCCAUGUUGAAAACUGCUGUCCAGUCUCAACUGGAUGGGGUGAGAACUGGUCUGAACCAGUUACAGAGCGCCUUGCAAGAUGUGUAUGAAAUAAAACAGAACUUGGAUGAGAUUGAGGAAACAUAUCAGUCCAUAGUGCCUUUGCGUCAAAAAUUACAGGAUGUCCGCUUCGAAAACUCCAAUUACUGCCAGCUAGCCACAGCUGUAGAAAAUCUCAAACACAUCUUCACAGUGCCAGAAGGUGUGAGGAAAACUGAAGACCUAAUCAAUGAGGGGAAGCUCUUACAGGCUCAUAAACAUUUGACGGAAUUGGAAACUUCCCGUGAUGAUUUGCUGUUUGAACUACAUAAACAACCUAACAAGAGCCCGACAGAUAGAAAUACCCUGAAGCACUAUUUUGCGGAUGUGGAGAAGCUGUCAGACUCUCUAGGCAAGCAGAUCUUUCUGAUUCUAAACCGUACCCUGAUUACAGUCAGACGGGAGCCCAGCAUCAUCGUCACCGCGCUACGCAUCAUCGAGAGAGAACAGAGAACCGAUGAUGCAGUCAUUAAGCGGCAUGCACAAACAGGAUUUAUCCCCCCUGGAAGACCCAAGGAUUGGAGGCAGAAAUGUUUUGCCAAACUGGAAGAGUCAAUUUCUGAAAGGAUAGAGGGAAAUGAACCGGAUGACAGAACAAAGAACAAAAUGUGGCUGGUGAGACAUUUAGAGUUGAUUCGACAGAGAAUGAUUGAGGAUUUCAGGGUCAUCAAGACACUGUUACCACCAGUGUUCCCCCCGGAGUAUGACAUUGUUCACAAAUACCUACACAUGUACCACAAUGCAAUAGGGCAUCAUCUGAAGGAAAUGAUAUCUGAGGAGCUGGAGAGGAAUGAGAUUGUCUCCCUGCUAACCUGGGUCAAUGGAUACGAUGGUCCAGAACUCCUGAAACAUCCUGAUAUAGACCUGGAUAGUAAAGACCUCGGCCCUCUACUGGAGACUCCAGUUGUUGAGGAUCUACAGAACCAGUAUCUGAAGACAAUGAAGAGCAACGUGUCAGAAUGGCUGAGCAACUCACUCAAGACUGAUCUCAAGGACUGGUACAGCAACUCGCCCCCCGACCAGGACGGAGAGGGGAAAUACAACACUGCCCUUCCUGUCAUCAUUUACCAGAUGAUGGAACAAAACAAUCAAGUGGCUGCCCUCAUAAACCAUGACUUGGUGCAGAAUGUCCUCAUGCUUUUUGUAGAUGAGCUGAACUCAUUUGCCGCAUAUUACAGAGGUGAGCUUACCAAAUACAAGGAGAGGCAUCUUCAGAACCGAAAUGAACCCCAGUAUUUCCUGCACUUUGUAAUUGCUAACAUCAACAACUGUUUAGCAUUUGCUGACCAGAUGAAACAGCUCAGGCGAUGGUAUCUGAAGAACGAAUACACAGAAACCACCGACGACGACUCAGAUAACAUUCGCACUGACCGCUUCGGUCUGCUCGACAUCGAUUUUCACAAUCUCGGACAUUUUGGAACUGACAUGAUUGUAGAGGAAGUGUUCACGGACCUGAGAGAGAGCCUGAGUGAGCUUCUCACCAGAUCAUGGAUAGACAGUUCCAAGACGGUGGAUGUGAUUUGCGCCACACUACAGGACUACAACGAAGACCUGCAGCAUCUGAAGCCGGAAUUCCACAACUCCAUUCUCACAAAGUUUGAGCGAGUCAUUGUCAAGGAGUACCUCAAAGCUCUCUUUUCUAGAAAGUUGUCAUUCAAGAAUUAUGACGAGAGACGACGUUCUGCCGAGAAAAUCUGUACAGAAGCUGACCAAUAUAAAAGACUGAUACGCGAGCUUCGCCCUAGAGGAGGUCAAAAGUCCACACUGAUGGAUGUCCUACCCAUGUUGUCUGAAGUUCUCAAGCUGAAGGACACCUCCAUGUUGUCGUUGGAAGUCACACAUCUCGCCAACAAGUACCCUGAUGUGAAGAUGGACCAGGUGAUCAGCCUGUUGCUAGCUCGCGGGGACAUAAGUCGCUCUGAGGCCAGACAGAUUGCUGUUGAUGCUCUGCGAGAAGCUCAUCACCUCCAGUCCAACCACCAUUUAUUGUCCAUUGUUCCAUUUGCUUGUCCAUUUAUCCAGUUGUUAAACAUUUCUUAUUUGUUAUUCAAUUCACCAACCACUUAUUGUUCAUUGUUCAAUUUGCCUACCAUUCCUUGUUCAUUGUUCAGUUUGCCUACCAUUCCUUGUUCGUUAUUUAGUUUGCCUUCCUUUGCUUGAUCGUUUCAGUUGCUCCAACCUGUUCGUCCAUUUUUCAAUUUGUCCUUCUUUUGUUAUCCAUUGUUCUAUUCGCUUAUCAUAUCUUGUCCAUUGCUCUGUUAGCCCACCAUUGCCUGUGUGUUGUUCUGCUUGCCCAUCAUUGCUUGCUUUUUGUUCCAGUUGCCCAUUGUUGCUUGUCCAUUGUUCUAUUCACCCAUCAUUGCUUGUUCAUUGUUCCAUUUGACCACUGUUACUUGUUCACUGUUCCAUUUGACCACUGCUGCUUGUCCAUUGUUCCCGUUGGAUACCAUUACCUGUCCAAAGUUCCAGUUGCCCAUCUUUGCUUCCCCUGGGCCCUGCCAUAGUUUCCUUCCACCAUAAUACUGGCCACCGUGGUAUAAAUGAAAUAUUCUUGAGUACGGCAAAAAAGACCUAUCAAAUAAAUGAAUAAAAAUUCACUGUAGCCACCAUUGCUUGUUCAUUGUUCCAUUUGAGCACCUAUGCUUGCCUGAGCACCUAUUGUUCCUUUUUUCAAUGUUCACUGAUCCAUUAUUCAAUUAAUGUUUUUACCCAUCAUUGUUUGUGCAUCUGUGCACAGUUGCUCAUCCCUUCUUCAAAUUGUCCGUCAUUUCUUAAUGGCCGUUCCAUUUGUUCAACAUUAGAAGCAAUUGAAUGUUCUUUGCAUAAUGCAAUUUGUUUGUGAUU